AAAUGUGUAUAUCAACUUCCGGUGUCACGGGGUGCCUGGGAGACGAAACGCAAAAAGCGGGCAUACCGAACAUAUCCCGUAUUUUCUCCUUGUAUACAUUUAAUUGAAAAACAUAUAUUGGGACGACGCCAAACACCGUUGCAACAUCAACAGGACGAACCGCAUAACAUUGGAUGUGCAAUUGUACCAGCAUAUCCUUAUUCACUCGACUUGCUAGUUAGCAUUAGCUCGCUACCACGACUGCUUCAAGAACAGGCCCCAGCCUGGGCUUUGCUUUAUCUAACUAGCUAUCACAAGAUAACACGUUUUCUUCAUCAAAGUUAUUUUCAGUUCUUAGUGUAAACAAGAACCACAUCUUUAACUCACCUGGAGUUGUUUAUUUUUAUAUUUCUAAACCGUUGCAUUGGUGGUGUGUAGUUAGCUAGCAUUUUACUAAGUGUGCUGUGCACUUUUUUCGCAAGCUAGCGACCGCUCAGCAUUCCCGUCCAUUUUACAGUCACAACUAACUAACUAGCUAGGGCUAGCAAAUAAGAAACGGCAAUGUCGGAUUUCGACGAAUUCGAGAGACAACUGUCUGAAAACAAACAAGCUCAGUUGGUAGAGCAUGGCGCUUGCAACGCCAGGAUAGUGCGCUCGAUUCCCGGGAACACCCCGGAGAAGGACAAGGAGAACCGCCACCACCGUCGCUCCCCCUCUCGCAGCCGCAGCAGAGAGAGGAAGAGGAGGAGCAGAGACAAGGACAGACGCAGCAGGGAUCGCCGUGGAGACAGCAAGGAGCGCAGACCGAGACGCAGCUCACCAUCCCAACAACAACCCCAAGAGAUUGCUGUAAGUCGUUCCCCGCACCGUGAAACGAAGAAGAAGAACAAAGUGAAGAAGUACUGGGACGUCCCUCCUCCUGGCUUUGAACACAUCAGUGUGAUGCAGUACAAAGCCAUGCAGGCUGCGGGUCAGAUCCCAGCCACGGCCCUGCUGCCCACCAUGACCCCAGACGGCCUGGCCGUGACCCCCACUCCUGUCCCUGUGGUGGGAAGCCAGAUGACCAGACAGGCCCGUCGGCUUUAUGUGGGCAACAUCCCCUUCGGCAUCACAGAGGAGUCCAUGAUGGAUUUCUUCAACGCUCAGAUGCGUCUGGGUGGUCUCACUCAGGCUCCAGGAAACCCCGUCCUCGCUGUUCAGAUCAACCAGGACAAGAACUUUGCCUUCCUCGAGUUCCGCUCAGUGGAUGAGACAACCCAGGCCAUGGCUUUCGAUGGCAUCAUCUUCCAGGGACAGAGUCUGAAGAUCCGCCGUCCCCAUGACUACCAGCCCCUGCCCGGCAUGAGCGAGAACCCCAGCGUCUACGUGCCUGGCGUGGUGUCCACAGUGGUGCCUGACUCGGCCCACAAGCUGUUCAUCGGGGGCCUGCCCAACUACCUGAAUGAUGACCAGGUGAAGGAGCUCCUGACAUCGUUUGGGCCUCUCAAGGCCUUUAACUUGGUCAAGGAUAGUGCCACAGGUUUGUCUAAGGGUUAUGCCUUCUGUGAGUAUGUAGACGUCAACCUGAACGACCAGAUCACCAUGGAGAAUCAGGCCAUAGCAGGACUCAACGGCAUGCAGCUGGGAGAUAAAAAGCUCCUGGUGCAGAGAGCCAGCGUGGGAUCCAAGAAUGCCACUCUGACAAGUAUAAACCAGACCCCGGUGACGCUGCAGGUGCCGGGCCUGAUGAACAGCUCAAUGACCCAGAUGGCCGGCCUGCCCACAGAGGUGCUCUGUCUGAUGAAUAUGGUGGCUGUUGAGGAGCUGGUGGAUGAAGAGGAAUACGAGGAGAUCGUAGAGGAUGUGAGGGACGAGUGCAGCAAGUACGGCCAGGUCAAGAGCAUCGAGAUCCCCAGACCUGUGGAUGGGCUGGAGGUCCCUGGCACUGGCAAGAUCUUUGUGGAGUUCAUGUCAGUGUUUGACUCCCAGAAGGCCAUGCAGGGUCUGACGGGCAGGAAGUUUGCUAACCGGGUGGUGGUGACCAAAUACUGCGACCCUGAUGCCUACCACCGCCGAGACUUCUGGUAGAGGAUGACGACAGACGAGGAUAGUGAGGGGGGUGGAUUGUCAUAUUUCAAAUCGACCCCUAACCCCACACCGCCUAGGCACUUGUUUUGACCUGAAAAGGUGUGAGCGACAUAAUGUUUCACCUAGUCCAUCAGAAGGUCAGGUGGAGUUCAGAGAAGUACCCAGGGGUAGGGGCUGGGGAUCCAUUUGCUAUUGGGCAAAAGAGAAGGGAGAGAAAGGAUUUGUAUUCUGAUGAAAACCGGGGGGGGGGGGGGGGGUUCAACAAUUUUUGUGAAUUGUGUGUAGUAACAGGACAGGGGUAAAUGAUUUUUUUUAUACUUUGUGAGAAGGGGGGGGGGGGUUUGCCACACCUGUUUUAAGUACUUUAGGUAGGUGUGGUGAGGGGGAAGUGGACUGGUCUACUCUAUAAGAGUGGUGGAUAGAUAGAUGGACAGGAGUAUUCCUCAUUUCAUAUGGGGAGAGGGAGGUGGUGACAUUUUUUAUUUGACCCACCAAUGUAGAUAACAUGAUCAGUUUCUUGUUGUGAAAAGGGUGGAUGGAAAGCUAUUGACAGGAUAGAAUGGAAAGCUAUUGACAGGAUAGAAUGGAAAGCUAUUGACAGGAAUGGCCUCGUUUUGUGAUUUUCCUUCUCAGAUUUGGACCUUUACAUUUCCUCGUUUCUUUUCCAUGUACAUCAGACUAAGCCCCUCUCCCUGUGUGUGUAGCGAGAGGGGGAGAAGCUGUAACUACACAUAACCAACUCCAAUGUCAUAUUGGACUAAUUUAUCUGAAUGUCAGCUUUUGUGGUUCCAAUACUGUAUAUUUACACUGUCACACCUUGCAUUGUCACCAGGGCCGGAGUUUGACUACCAUACGUUUUUAUUACUGCCUGUGUCUCUUUGAAGGUUUUGUUUAUUUUUUGGGAUUGAAACCUUUCAUCUAGUGUGAAUUUAUCCAUCGCCAUUUUUAGCAGGCAAAAUAAUUCUGUCCCUACACCCUACCCUUACCCAUAAGAGAGACUGGGAGAGGGGAAAGGCAGGCUUUUGAAGUUCUGAAUUGUUAUUUUUGAAUUGUGAGGGGUAAAUAUUGGAUUGGUGUUGAGUAGGGCUCGAUCUGAUUCUGAUUAAAAGCCUUAAUGUUAUUUUUCAUGUCACAUUCGAGAGUAAAAUAUGUGGAGUACUCAUUCAUGUCUGUGCUUAGCAAGGUUGUCAAUACAUGGAGUCAUUUCAUGCUUUGGUAUUUUCAGGUAACAAUGAUUUGAGAUUGUAGUCAAUAUUCAAGUUACUAUUGUAUUGCUUUGUCUGGAAUGAGUUUCUUUUGUUUUGCUUCCUGUUUCAAACCUACCUAUAGAAUAUUGGACUGCUCAUACAGAAAUCUCUUUGGCCCAGGUAGUGUUUGUGUAACUUCUCACCUCAGCAGACAAAAUAAAGGUAUAAAGACUAAUACCACUGUUUCCUGUUCUACUGCCCACAAAUAAAAUGCACUAUUUACUUUGACCAGGUUAUCAGGCUUUUAGUAACCAUAGAAGUCAGGUAGUAUUGUGUGAUUGUACACCUCUUCUGUUAAGUAAUGGGUUUGUUGUCACAAAGGGUGAGAUGGAGGUAUUAAACAGAGUUUUUUAACUGAAGGGGAGUGCAGUCUUUUGGAUAGGUUCUCAAGUGUUGUAUUGGACUGGUCAACAAAAUGUUCAUACUCAUCAAAAGGUUGUCCCCUCAACUGUAUAUAUGGUCUCACUUCUUCCUCAUCUCCCUCAACCUUUGUCAUUACGACUCCAAGGACCACUGGUUACACUGGGGUUGAGGGAGUUCCCAUGAUGCUUUGUGUUCAGACCUAGAGCUGGGCACUACCAGUGAAAUGUGACUUCCUCCCUUUCUAAAAUUAGCUUGUUAAAUCUUACCAUGUCAUUUUAAUUGAAUCUUUUUGGGUGGGAAAAUGUGAAUUAAUGGAAUAAAAAAUGGCUAAAACCACA